AUGGGCUGUGGCGGCUCCCAGAAACCUGCGCCGCCAAAAGUGGAUGAUGACCCCCCGGAUCCGACAACAGGACUGACGCUGAAGGAUGUAAUAAUGAUAGAGAACUCUUGGAAAAUUAUAGGCAACAGGACUACGCUCAAGCAGAACGCUGUAGGGUUCUUUCUGAUAUUGUUUGAAACCUACCCGCACAUGCAAGACAGAUUUGUGCUGUUCAAAGACAAGACACUGGACGAGCUGCGGACGAGUCCCGAGAUGAAAGCCCACGCCACAAGUGUUUUCUAUGCUCUCACCUCGUAUGUAGAUAACGUAGACGAUCCAGAGAUGUUGGUUGGCCUCGUCAGGAAAAUUUCAGUCUCCCACUUUUGCAAAAAAAUACCUGCUGAUGAUUUUGAUAAACUUCGAAUAGUAUUUCUCAACUUCGUGAAAUACUUACUGGGUGACAAGUACACACCGGAGAUUGAACAAGCCUGGGACAAACUUUUGAGGGCCCAAACUGCAGUUUUUAAGCAGAUAGAAGAGGAAAUGUUAAGCAAACAGGAAACACAAGAAAUGCCAAAGACUGACAUAUAG